CACCCUCGUCAAAGCUCUCUCUCUCUCUCGAUUUUAUCUCCUCUUUUUUUGCUCAUCCGUUUUCUCUCUCUCUCAUCAUCAUCAUCUCAGUAUUCUUCUUAAAUUCCAUUCACAAGAAAGGUAUGAAUUAAUCAGCGCCGACUGAAAAACCACUUCUUCAGCCUCCUAAAGAGUGGUUUCACGCUGGUUCUUUGGCCUGAAUACCAGAUCUGGCCCUUUCAUGGGGCUUACCCUUGAUCUCAAAAGACUGCAAAAUUGUAGAUUUUGAUCCCUCUCAAUAUGUUUCAACCAAGCAUGUUUGAUAGUCACCAUUUACUCGAUAUGGCCAACAAAACCCCUGAACAUGAGCUGGAUAUGAUCAGAGAUGAAGAAUUUGAGAGUAAAUCGGGCACUGAUAUCAUGGAAGCUCCCUCGGGUGAUGAUCAAGACCCCAACCAACGCCCCAAAAAGAAGCGGUAUCAUCGCCAUACCCAGCAUCAAAUCCAGGAAAUGGAAUCUUUCUUCAAAGAGUGCCCUCAUCCAGAUGAUAAGCAAAGGAAGGAGCUGGGUCGGCGAUUAGGGUUAGUGCCAUUGCAAGUAAAAUUUUGGUUCCAAAACAAGCGCACACAAAUGAAGGCUCAACAUGAACGCCAUGAGAACACACAGCUGAGGAAUGAGAAUGAGAAGCUUCGUGCCGAGAACAUACGGUACAAAGAAGCCCUUAGCAAUGCUACUUGCCCCAACUGUGGAGGCCCAGCCGCCAUUGGUGAGAUGUCAUUUGACGAACAGCACUUGAGGAUUGAGAAUGCUCGUUUAAGAGACGAGAUUGACAGAAUAUCUGGAAUUGCUGCGAAAUAUGUUGGAAAACCUAUGCUGUCAUAUCCUAAUCUUCCUUCUCAUGGACCACCACGUGCACUUGAUCUUGGGGUAGGCAAUUUCGGGCCACAGACAGGGAUCGUAGGGGAGAUAUAUGGAGCCGGUGACCUUCUUAGGGCAGUGUCUGGACCUACUGAAGCAGACAAGCCAAUAAUCAUUGAGCUUGCCGUUGCAGCAAUGGAGGAAUUGAUCAGAAUUGCCCAAUCUGGAGAGCCCCUAUGGAUGCCAAGUGCUGAUAACUCAACUGAAAUUCUAAGUGAGGAGGAGUAUUUGAGGACUUUUCCUCGAGGAAUUGGACCAAAACCCUUGGGAUUAAAAUCUGAAGCUUCGCGAGAAUAUGCCGUUAUUAUUAUGAAUCAUACCAAUCUUGUGGAAAUUUUAAUGGAUGUGAAUCAAUGGUCAAGUGUGUUCUCCGGUAUCGUUUCAAGAGCGAUGACCCUGGAGGUCUUAUCAACUGGAGUUGCAGGGAACUACAAUGGAGCUCUGCAAGUGAUGACAGCUGAGUUCCAAGUCCCUUCACCGAUUGUUCCGACUCGAGAAAACUAUUUUGUAAGGUACUGUAAACAGCAUGCUGACGGAACCUGGGCUGUGGUUGAUGUUUCCCUGGACAAUCUCCAGCCUACUUCAGUAUCAAGAUGUAGAAGAAGGCCGUCUGGUUGUUUGAUUCAAGAAUUGCCUAAUGGUUACUCAAAGGUUACAUGGGUUGAACAUGUUGAAGUGGAUGAUAGAGCUGUUCACAAUAUCUACAAACCUGUAGUUAAUUCAGGUCUUGCUUUCGGUGCAAAACGCUGGGUGGCAACUUUAGAUCGACAAUGUGAACGACUUGCAAGCGCAAUGGCUAAUAACAUUCCAGCUGGAGAAGUUGGUGUUAUAACAACUCCCGAAGGAAGGAAAAGUAUGUUGAAGCUGGCUGAGAGAAUGGCGAUGAGCUUUUGCUCCGGUGUUGGAGCUUCAACUGCACAUACAUGGACAACUUUAUCAGGAAGUGGCGAUGAUGAUGUGAGAGUCAUGACCAGAAAGAGUAUGGAUGAUCCAGGCAGGCCUCCCGGUAUUGUUCUAAGUGCUGCUACUUCAUUCUGGCUUCCAGUUCCACCAAAGAGGGUUUUUGAUUUUCUUCGUGAUGAGAACUCGCGAAGUGAGGUAUGAAGAUCAUAAGUAGUUGCCUGCAAAUUCACUCUCAUCAUAUAACAGCGGAAACCAAUAGAUACGCUUGGCACUUUUAGUCCUUAAAAAAAUUCCGUUUUUUGUGCACAACAAGAAGAUGAUUUAUUUUGACUUGAAAAUGUAGCCUAACUCGCUAUUUGUAGUAUCAUGUGUUGAGUUAUAGGUACAUCAUGAGAAAUAUGUAGACAUCUUGCUAGCUUAACACAUAUUACACAGUAGACAUUUCUAUAUUCGGGUUAUUAGGGAUGACUAUGCUUCACAAAAUAUUUGCAGUGCAUACAACAUCACUAACUGCAACUAAUUCAAGCCCACAACUAAGCACAAACACGUAAAGACAUUCAACUAGUGUAAAAUGAUGGGCAUAAAUGUUAGAAUACAGGAAUUAUGUCUUAACAUCUCUUGUGCAAUUUUACCGGUUAGCUUGAAGCAAGAUGCUUUCACAAUUCUAUGCAUUUUUACUGUCAUCACCUAUAUCUGGAUUUCUACCCAUAUCAAAGAAUGCAUCUUAUGAAGAUCAAGCAUUAUAAGCUAACCUGGUAGCUUAAAAGUUCCACAUUGUGUUUUUCCUGGACAGUGGGAUAUUCUUUCUAAUGGGGGCCUAGUUCAAGAAAUGGCGCAUAUUGCUAAUGGUCGUGAUCCGGGCAACUGUGUCUCUCUACUGCGUGUUAAUGUAAGCUGAGAAUGCAUUCCAUAUAUCUGGUUCACUUGUCUUACAUCAGUGCCUCUCAUCUGUUGCACUAACACAUUAUCAUUUGCCAAAUAUACUGUAGAGUGCCAACUCCAACCAGAGCAAUAUGCUGAUACUACAAGAGAGUUGUGCCGAUUCUACAGGCUCUUAUGUUAUAUAUGCUCCAGUCGAUAUUGUGGCCAUGAAUGUGGUCUUAAGUGGUGGUGACCCAGAUUAUGUGGCCCUCCUGCCAUCUGGUUUUGCUAUACUCCCUGAUGGACCUGGACAUCAGGCAGGAGUUCCUGACGCUGGGUCUGGUGGAUCGCUACUCACAGUUGCAUUUCAGAUAUUAGUUGAUUCAGUUCCAACAGCAAAACUUUCUCUUGGAGCUGUGGCAACGGUUAACAGUCUCAUCAAGUGCACAGUUGAAAGGAUCAAAGGUGCAGUGAUAUGCGACAAUGCAUAAGCAAAAAGUAUGAAAUCUAAGGGAAGUGACUAAGAAAGCAAACAAGGCAGUGUUUACUCUAAAAUGUGAAACUAAUGGAAGAAGUCAAGAACGCACCUUAAAUAAUCCUUGCCGUGUGGUAUUGGCAAAGAAGUAGCCAGAAGCUUUUCACCACCCUGAAAAGGUAAUAGGUUCGGGUAUUGACUUUGCCCCCUAAGACGAGUAAACCAAGACCUGAAAUUACAUGAAACUUCCCGUCCACCUUUAUUUUCCUUUAGAGCUAAGGUUUUCCUAUUUUAUUUAUGUCCUUUGAAAGCUGUUUUAGUUAGUUGGUAGACUGCGGAAGAUGACUCUUGCAAACAAUGUUUUUCUUUUGACAUUGUGGUAAAUUUCCAAUUACUUAGCUUUUGUGCGUUGCUUUGAUAUCAGGAAGUUAACAAAUCCUGCAGCUUAAUUAGUCCAGAUUUGUUUAUUAGUCCAUCAUUACUCUUAGGUCUUGUUCAUGAAAGAUUAACCUACUGAAAUCUUGGCUCAGUUAUGCUAUUGUCGUGAUUAAGCUCAUUCACUAGCAUGAAAAAUCCCAGCUCAAUCCUAAGUUUCUACAAUAAGGAGCCAAGCUUUGAACAAAAGGGAAAAUGUGCUACUUGAGUAAUUAUAACAGAAUAACAGGGAGAGAUGCCUAAUUCAUGCUUUUAUGAUGAUGUGCCACUUCCAACCGAGAGAUGACAGGUUGAACCACCGGGUUGUUGAAGUGAAUAAAUGAGCAGUAAAAGUAUUAAGGAAGGGUCCAGGGAUUGGCUAGUAACGACCCAGAGUAAUUUACAAAAACAAGCCUCUGAAUUUCUUAAUUA